GUUGUGUUUGACAGUACUUAUCAUCACAUCUACCAUGUCCAAUAACGCUGAUUUGUCCAUCCUGACAACCCAGAAUGACGUUGAAGCACACGUAGUCAAAAGAGUCAACAACUUCCGGGGAUCUUUAGCUGCAUUGUAUGACCAGGCGUGGCUGUUACAAGAUCCACACUCCGUGUUCAAGCUCGAGCCCGUUAUUCGCGACGCAGAGCGCAGGAUAUCCGAACCAGUUCCAGAGCAAGCCUGCAUACUAGAAUGGCGCUUUGGGAACGACGUUCCAUAUGUCUUGCGCAUUCCUCAUAAAUGCCGCAGUGUUUAUGUGCGGGUUGAGUACUGUAAAAUGUUGUCCAGCAUCUUCAGUAGCUUUAGCGAGGGUUUUGGUGAUGUCGCUGGCUAUAAAAUCGAUAUAAGCAAAAGUACGGCAGACACGGAAACAUUUCCUCCACACAACCCUUUCGAAAAUUUGGACAUCAAAGCAAUUGAGAAUGACUUGCUCAACCCCGGAGUUAUUGUCGUAGGCACUCCCGGCAGUGGCAAGACAUUAUUCCUUUUAUACGUGCUUGCAUUGCGCCUGCUUGCACGACAAACGACUGUUCUGCAGUUUAAACCGUACGAGUUCUUGAUAUUUGAAGAGGCUGGAGUGUUUUGCUGUACAAACAUAAAGGAUGACCUCCCAUUCCUGCCAGAACAUACCUGGUUUCUAGUGGAUAGUAACCGGGAUAACAAAGAACCGCCUACUUCGUUCCUCAACGCCUGUCUCGUGUGCUCCCGGAAGUUAAUUAUGGCGGUAUCACCGCGAAAAGAUCGACUCACAUUCAUGGACAAAUACGAAAACUUCAAACUUUUAUGGAUGCAGUGCUGUUUGAAGGAGGAAGUCAUUGUAAUACGAGGGUGCCAAAAGGGGAAAGGUUUUCUAACGGAACACCAAUUGGGGUACUUCUUUGACGAAUUCGGUCCCAAUGUACGCUCAGCCUACGAACACUCUACCGACCCAGACGAUUACAGAGAAGAGAUCAAAGCUAAACUCUCCGGCAUGAAUGGUGAGAGCCUCCGAACCAUGGUUAGGAAUCUGAGUGCAGGUUAUUUUGAAACCGAAUUCUCUCACAAGAUACUCAUUGCAGAGCCUAGUGAUGAGAGCCGUCGCGAUUUUCGUGUCGAGUUUGCAUCCAAGUCUGUCGCAAAGCUGGUGUUAGAAACCUACGCGCCUUGAACUUCUCUGAAUUUUCUUGAAGAAUCCUAAGACCAGAGGAUCCGCGGGUAAGCUAUUACAAGUUAUAGCGGAGAAGGAUAUGUAUAAGGGAGGAGCGUUUCGGCUAUCGGAGUUGAAGAGGGUGCUAAAGCGGAAGUCACAACAAAUGGACCAACAAGAUGCAGGUUGGGAGCACGAUCCAGAGUCGAAGCCGUAUACGUUGCUUAUUGGUGGUCAAGACUGUUCGGCGAAUAUAGUGGAGGGCGAUGAUUCCGCCCGUCCUGGGGAGGAUUUUCAAAAAGUCAAGCGUGUUGCUGUCCAACAUGGUGACAUCAAGACGAGCAAGGAGGACGCAAUGUUUGUCCCACACGACCGUUAUCCUGGUUUUGAUUUUUGGUUUUGUUGCCCCAAACACAGCUGUAUAGUUCCUAUCCAGGUUACUUGCCAGAACGCUUCACACAAGCUUCAUUCUAAAGGGUUUGAGUGGCAUGACAAUGAAUUCAAGCGGGUUGAUGUUGUCAUUGUGUCGGAUGAAGAUGGUGGAAAGAAGGUGGAAACAGCAGUUGAGAAUGCAGAGAAAAUAGAUCGUGUGUUUCGUUU